AUGCCUCUGCGCCCCGGCUUCGGCACGCUCGGUCGUCCGGGCGUCUUGAGGACGAACUUCUUCGCCGUGAGGCUCCCCAAAGCUGCGGUUUUCUAUGAGUACGAGAUCGAUAUCUCGCCGAAGGCUCAGGCCAAGGGCGAUAGGCGCGGGCGCAUCCUGGAGCUUGUUGAGCGAAGCGCCGCGUUUGCGAACUUCAGACAGCAUGUCGCCCACGACCGCAGCCAGAGGCUCGUGUCCGCUCAGAAGCUACCGCAGCCGCUGAGUGUAGCCGUUCGAUACCUCGAGGAGGACAACGACAACGACCCGAACGCCCUCAACUUCACGGUCGACAUAAAGUAUCAAAAGGACAUCAACAUGUCUGAGCUCAAUGACUACAUGGAUGGUCGUCCCGAGCAUCGCAAGAUUGACACGCAGCCGUACUUAUCGGCAAUGAACCUCGUCGUGCAGAGCUACGCGUCAAAGCAUGGAGUACGCGUCGGCAGGAACAAGUAUUUCUUCCCCUCUCCCACGGAACACUACAUGCUGUCGCUCGGUGUCGAGGCCCACCGCGGCUUCUUCAUGUCCAUUCGUCCGAUGUACAAGCAGUUGAUGGUGAACAUCAACGUCUGCAUGACGGCGUUCUACACCCCUGGCAACCUUGCACAGGCUAUGAUGGCGUUCCAGCAACAGAGCCAGAACGGCAUGCCCCAGGCGUUCGCAAACCGGCUAAAGGUGGCGACGCGGCACCUCGGGUAUACGAAGAAGAGCACCAUUUUCAAGAUCAUGACAAGCCUGACAGCGAGGACUGCACGCUUCGACUGCGAGGAGUUCGGACGCAAGGUGACCGUUGAGGAGUUCUUUAAACUCAAGCACAAGAUCACGUUGCGGCAUGCGGCAGACCUCCCCGUCGUCAAUGUAAGCAACAACCCGAAGCGGCACGUUUACAUGCCCGCCGAAAUCUGCGAGAUCCUGCCCGGACAGGCCUACCGCGGGAAGCUGGACCCCGACCAAACGUCGGCGAUGAUCCGUUUCGCGUGCAACCCACCCGAGGUCAAUGGGAACGCGAUCGUAAAUGACGGCUUCCCAAGCCUCGGGCUCACUCCAGGCGCCGCACCCAGCACCCUCACCGCGUUUGGAGUCAGCGUCGACCCGAACAUGGCCGUGGUGCCUAGCCGCGUCCUCCCUACCCCCAGCAUCCGGUACCGCACCGGGAACGCGCUAGUUCCGCGCAACGCGGGGUGGAACAUCAUGAACGUGAAGCUGCAGGCAGGCGGCACGAUCGGUACCUGGGCAGUUCUGCUCGUGCAGGACGGCGGGCGGCGAGACGAGUUCCAGGGCCCGAACGACCCGCAACUUAUCGCGUUCCUCAAAACGUUCCUCGCGAAGUGCAACUCGAGCGGGAUCGCGGGCGCGGACAAGCCCCCGAAGAUCCUCUCCGUCACCCUCCCAAGCCCGCGUGACGAUCCGAAUCGCGAGCGCGCGCUCACGGCGAUCCGCGACACGCUGCGGAACAACCUGAACAGCAAGGCGAAGCCCAGUUUCGUGCUUGUGCUGCUCUCGGGCGUCGACAAGUACAUCUACCCGGGGAUCAAGAAGCUGGGGGACAUCGACAUGGGCCUGCAGACGAUCCACAUGCUCCUCGGGAAGGCGCGCGAUUCGCGGCCGAACAAGCAGGACCAGUACUUCUCGAACGUCAUCUUGAAGGUAAAUGUGAAGCUUGGGGGCAUGAACCACCUGCUGGACGACGGCUCCAUGCGGUGGCUGCGGGAGAAGAACACGAUGAUCAUGGGCAUCGACGUAACGCACCCCAGCCCGAACAGCCUCCCCGGCUCGCCCAGCAUCGCUGCAGUCGUCGCGAGUGUCGACGACAACUUCGUCCAGUUCCCCGCCAGCCUGUCUCUCCAGAAGCCGGACUGGAAUAAGGAUAGCAAGGAGAUGGUCGAGAAGUUGACGGCGAUGACCAUCGAGCGCCUUGAGGUAUACAGGAAGAAGAACACACGCUUGCCCGACCGAGUGUUCGUCUACCGCGACGGCGUCUCGGAGGGCCAGUAUCACCUCGUACUCCGAGAGGAGCUACCGAAGAUUCUGGCGGCGUUCAAACAGAUCUCCCCUAAGGCGCCGUACAAGCCGACUCUCACCAUCGCGAUCUGUGGCAAGCGCCACCACGCGAGGUUCUGGCCUACAGCGCCGGGCGAGGCGAACAUGACAAACAACGGCAACACCGUACCAGGCACAGUCGUCGACAAGGGUAUCACGGAUGUUUACAACUUCGACUUCUACCUGCAGGCGCAUACCGGUCUGCAGGGACACGUGCGGCCGACGCACUACACCGUGGUGUACGACGAGAACCGCUACAGCGCCGACGUGUUGCAGCAGGGCACGCACACCGCGAGCUACCUGUACGCGCGCGCAACGAAGGCGGUCAGUCUCGCCCCGGCCGCGUACUACGCCGACAUCGCAUGCGAACGGGGCCGCGACUACUUGAACGUGCUGCUGAACCUCACCGACAAUAGCUCCGUCGUGGGUGGAGCGAGUACUGCGGACAGGGAGGCCGAGAAGGAGCGCGUUUACGAGAGUGCGGUCAAGCUGUGGGGGCGCGGUAUCCAUCCGGACCUGAAAGAUUGCAUGUUCUAUAUCUAAAGAAACCGCUGCUUGCUUUGCUCUUGUUCUAGGACAGCUACUUUUUUCCUUGAUGUUCGUUUUGAAUGUACUAGUACUAAGACCAUUUCC